AUGGCUUCGUCAAUCUCUCGAAUGCUUAACUCUAAAUUCUUGAAGCGAUCCUUUUCAUCAACCACCUUUUUCUUCACCACCCAAGAAUCCAAUUUCACUUCCUCACGUCAAUCAUACACAGUUCUAAGCCCCAAAUCCAUAUCACAGACACUUCUGAACCCGAAAAGUUUCCGAGAUCUUCCAAGAUUUUUGUCCACCUCGAAUAAUUCAUCAUCGUCAGAUGCCCAAAACCCUGAAAAAUCGAGCGAGUUUCCUAGUCAAGACCCGGAAUUGAAGCACCAGGAGAUCACUGGACCGACCGUGGAGCGCGAUUUAUCGACAUUAGCCAAUGAGACCCGAGAAGUUCUAGAAACAAUGAUGAAGACUGUUUAUAGUUUAAGCAAGGUUUUGGCUAGUUUGGGCCUUGUGCAGCUGUGUUUGGGAGCUUGGACGUCGUAUAUUAUGCGAAAUUCUCCUAUUCCCGAGGUUUCUUUACAGAGUUUUCUGGCGUUUGGGCUACCAUUUUCAUUGGCAUUCAUGAUGAGGCGCUCAUUGAAGCCGAUGUACUUCUUCAAGAAAAUGGAGGAGCAAGGCAGGCUGCAGAUUUUGACCCUUACACUUCAGGUUACCAAAAAUUUGAACACCUUUUUUGUUCGUGUUCGUGGGGUUACUUAUUUGUGUAUUGCUGGUGCUUCUCUUGGUAUGAUAUUUGUUGUACUGUCUAGAUAUGACGGUUUUUAG